GAAAAGCAAGAGGCAGAGCAGCACCUGGGAGCCAAGGGGCUGUGGAUAUCUGAUGUCGAGUGUCAUCUGGGAGUCCUGACCGGGUACAGCCAAGCGGAUCAGCUCUUGUGGUCUCCUCCCAUCUCUCAAGAUGAUGAAGAGGCAGUUUCAUCGGAUGCGGCAGCAACUAUCUCAUCCCAACCUCGCUAGCCGAUCCCAAGAAGCAACUGAACUCCUGACAGAAGAUUUGCUGCAGAUCGAGCAGAGGAUUGAGCCAGCCAAGCGAGCAGCUCACAGUGUGUCCAAGAGGCUCCAGGCCUGUCUGCAGGGGCAGUGUGGGUCAGAGAUGGACAAGCGAGUGAAGAAGCUGCCCUUGAUGGCUCUGUCCACAACAAUGGCUGAGAGUUUCAAGGAACUGGACACAGAGUCCAGCCUCGGGAGAGCCCUGGAGAUGGGGUGUUGCAUACAGAGCACGCUGGCCAAAAUCCUGGCUGAGUUUGAGAUUGCCCUGGAGCGUGACGUCCUGCAGCCGCUGAACAAGCUCAGCGAGGAAGAGCUUCCCAUUAUCCUGAAGCGCAAGAAGACACUGCAGAAGUUGAUUUCCGACUGGAAUGCCAUCAAGAGCAGGCUGAACCAAGCUACAAAGAGUUCCAGUAACAGCACAAGCACUGGCACUGGCCCUGGGGCAUCUUCUGCUGCCAACAAACUGGAGAACUUGAAGGAAGAGGAGGAGGAGGUGAAGAGGAAGGUGGAGCAGUGCAAGGAUGAGUACAUGGCUGACCUCUACCACUUCUCCACUAAAGAGGACAGCUACGCCAGCUACUUCAUCAGACUGAUGGAAAUUCAAGCCCAGUACCACCGGCAGUCCCUUGGAUCUCUGGACUCUGCUCUGGCAGAGCUGAAGGAAGCCCACAGCCAGACAGACCCCUCCUUCACUGCAGACACCCCAGUCACAGGGUAUUACGGCGUGCCCCUAGAGACACACCUCAGGAGCUUGGGCCGGGAGAUUGCGCUCCCCAUCGAGGCCUGUGUCAUGAUGUUGCUGGCCUCAGGCAUGAGGGAGGAGGGACUCUUCAGGCUGGCAGCAGGUGCCUCGGUGCUGAGGAAGCUGAAGAGCAGUUUGGCCAGUGGCUCCAAUGCCCUGGAGGAAUUCUAUGCAGACCCCCAUGCCGUGGCCGGUGCACUGAAAUCCUACCUGCGGGAGUUGCCCCAACCUCUGAUGACCUUCGAGCUCUACAACGAAUGGGUCAAAGUGGCCAGCUUCAAAGACCUUGAUGACCGAGUACAGAGUCUUCAAGACACCUGCAGCCGCCUGCCCCAGGAGAACUACAAUAAUUUGAGGUAUUUGAUCAAGUUUUUAGCCAAGCUGGCUGAACAGCAGGAGGUGAAUAAAAUGACACCUAGCAACAUUGCCAUCGUGCUGGGCCCCAACCUGCUCUGGGCACAGCAGAAUACAGGAGAUCCCAUACAACUGGACUUGGCCUCAGUCUCCUCCAUCCAGGUGGUGGGCAUUGUGGAAGCUCUCAUUCAAAACGCGGACACCCUCUUCCCCGGAGAGAUAGAUUUCAACAUCUCAGGCAUGUUCACACCACCUGCGAAUGCCGUACUUAGCGAGGCCAGUUCAGUAGAGGAGUCAUCUCCCAAGUCCCCUCCAGCCAGCACCCCUGCUCUCCCAGCUGAAGAAGUCAUGAAGGAUCCCAAGAUGAGUUCUCAGCCAACUUCCCCGAAAGUGACCAGACCUUCUGAAGCUGCAGGGCUGCUGGCCCCAAUGCCAGCCGAUGACACUGCCCGCAAAGGCAAGCGCCCGGCUCCAGCCCGGCCCACAGUGCCACCACCUCCUGUGGCCCAGCCUCGCAGCUCAGCUCCCACUCCAGCAGCCCCUGAGCACAUGACUGGCCCCAAAGCCCUGCCACGACGGAUGGCUGGGGGCCCCAAUCGAGCCCCCUCUGUCCCCCCACCACUUCCCCCUCAGCCGACCUGCCGCCAGAGCCGCAACAGCCUGCAGGCCCCUAGAUCUCCUGCCAGUGAAGCCAGCGCCACAUUGGACACAGAGUCUGGCACGGACUGCGCCCCAGGAGCUGCCGACAAAGGGCAGCCGCUCUCUCCAGGAGGAAGAAGUCCUCCAGCAGCAUCUCAGCCAGCAGGCCAGGCCUCAGAGAAUGACUGAGCAGGGCAGGGGGACUUGGGAGCACCGGCUCUCCUGUCUUCCUGCUGCAGGUCUGGGGAAGAAGAGGUCCAGUGUCCCUCCAGGAUCUUCUUCCCUUCCUGUGGCCGAGCAUCCAGCAAGAGUGCAAGGGGAGCUCAGUGAAGACACCUGGCUGGCACAAGGGACGAUGCACCCUCAGCUCCUUCCUCUGCUGCAUUGGUUCAUCUUGUGCAUGAACCCUUUGCAUGCUUCUACCUCUCUUUCCAUUUGUGUCUCCGAAGAUCUUUCCUCCUUUCAUCACUGCUUAGCACUGCCACGUCCCCAUUAUCACGAGCACAGGUGGACUUUCCCUCUUGCCCUCUGAUUGACAGGAACUUUCCAUCCUGAUGCACCCCUGAACCUCAGCUCCUGGAGAGCCUUGCUGCAUUUCGAGGCAUUGCUACUACUUGCAAGAAACCUGUGUCCUUGCCCAGGA